AGAAGAAUUAAACAUAACCAUAAAAAACAUUAUUUAAAGACAACAGAAGCAAUUAUUUAAAAGAAUACCAUAAAUGCAAUCAAUAGAUACACUAAUAUUGUAGCAAUUAUUGGAUUAUUUGAUGAAAAUCUACAUAAAAUUACAAUAUUCUUUCAGGCGAAAUCAACAGAAACAAUUAUGGAGGAGGAUCUUCAAAAAUUGAAGGGAGUCCUGCGGUCCCUUGUGGUGUCUAGUCCUACGCAAGUGGACCUACGCUCAUUAUUGAGGGACUACCGCAGUAUGAUGGGAGAGCACAUACCAAUAGCCAAAUAUGGAUAUCGAGAUCUACUCACUUUCCUCAAAGAACGCUGCAGUGACUGUUUCUUGUUUGGAGGAGUAUCAAGCAACCCUGUGCUCACUUUGAUAGUUCCUGACAAUCUCAAACACAUCGAUAAAUUUGUUAGGAAGCAAAAGGCUCCCACCAAUGUCAGAGUGAAAGGUAAAAGACAAAGUGUGCCAAUGAAUGACUUGAUAGUUAAUACAUUCAUCGCCAAAAAAGAAACAGAAAUGAAUCCAAACACUAAACCGAAAGCAGCCGCGACCAAAAAUGUGGAAAACACUGUAGAGAAAAAAAUGGUUGAACUGAAACUGACUGACAAUACUGACUCAGCGGACAGCACACCUCAGCACCGAGUCAGUACCCAAGACUCGACGAUUUGUUCUCAAGAUGCACUACGAAGUUUUAUGAGGAAGAGAAUACCGGCCUAUGACUGCGAAAGCAGUUGGGGUUACGAGAGUACUGGCAGGACCUCCUCGCAAGAUAACGAUUCCGGCAGACAGUCUUCUUCAAGUACGAGCAGUUCAAAGUUGGUUAAAUUGGAAAAUUUGAAGAGAGAAAUUUACGAUCUGGUAGCGGAACAUCCGGAAGGCAUCUGGUGCACGGACCUGAUAGGGUUGUACAGGGAUCGCUACAAGAAGGAGUUGAACUUCACACGUUACGGGUAUACGAGCAUCAUCAGCUUGGUGUACGCUCUGGAGAGCAUACACGCGAGCCGGCCCCACGACACGGGCGACUGGCUGCUGAGUCUGUCGGCCCCCGCCCCCGCGCCCCCCGCCCGCGCCCCCGCCCCCGCCCCCGCCCCCGCCCCGCCGCGCGCCCGCCCCCCGCGCCGCGCGCACGUGGACCCCGAGGACGCGCUGCCUGGCAUCGAAUUUGACCCGGACGUGUUCCCGUCGGACUGUCUGCAGUACAUGGAGAGCGUGCCGCCGCCCGGGCCGUGCGCGGAGCCCGGGGCGCUGCUCGAGGUGCUGGUGGGGGAGGUGUACUCCCCUUCGCACUUUUGGCUCAUCCGGCUCGGGGACCACUACAACAUUGCCAUGGAGAACAUCAUGGACGAAAUGAACGCGUACUACGGGGCGGGCGGCGCGGGCGAGGCGCGGCGGCUGGCGGCGGGCGCCGUGCGGGCGGGCCACUACGUCGCCGCGCUGUACGCCGCGCACUGGCACCGCGCGCUCAUCGUGCAGCUGCUGGACGCCGACCUGGUCAAGGUGCGGCACGUGGACUACGGCACGGUGAGCCGCGCGCGCGUGGCCGAGCUGCGGCCGCUGCGGCGCGCGUGGGGCUCGCUGCCCGCGCAGGCGUGGCGCGCCCGCCUGGCCGGCGCCCGGCCCGCCGCCCGGGGCCGCCGCUGGCCGCGCCCCGCCGCCGCGCACUUCCUAAACCUCGUGCGGGACACGCCCUUCGUGGCGCACGUCGUGGCCGUGGACCACCAGGAGAACAUCAUGGAGGUGUUCCUGAUCGACACCAGUGGCGAGGAGGACGUGUGCGUGACGGGCGAGCUGGUGAAGUCCGGGCACGCCGAGCCCCGCGCCGACUCCGCGCUCACGACGCCCGAGACCUACCUGUACCCGGUAUUCGAGGCGCUCGAGUCCGGAGACACGCCCAACUACGAGGACAUCCACCGGUAUCUGCGCGACGGGAUCGACCUUGACUAUGUGGAGGCUUACCGCCGCCACGUGCCCGUGGACAGGCCGCCCACGCCGCCGCCCCCCGCGCCCCCGUCGCCCCCGCCGCCACCCCCGCCACCCCCGCCCCUCCUCUGGCCUCCCUGUGUGCCUCCCUUCCUUUUUCUGCACAACAUACAGCCCCCGCCCGGCUUCGAACCGCUCUGAACAUUCAUAGAUCUCGUACUUGAUCUUAUUAAUUGACGUUACAUAAUCUACAUUAUAUGACUUCGGCUGAAAUUUAUCGAUUUCGUAAUUAAUAAUUGUAAUUAAGUGUGUGUGUGCGUGUAUGUAAAGUGACGUGUCAGUUGAUAAUUGACUACCUGAAAAGAGUAAUGAAUUGUGCCUAGGGCGUGUAUGGUAGAGGGGGACGCACAAUGAGACCCGGGGGUAUGGUACUGAGAGUACAUUAUCGCUUUAAAUAUAGAAUUUCGUGUCCCGGCAGCAGGUAUAUAAAAUGUCGUGCUUGACAUUAAAAAUGCCAGUACUUACAUAAUACCGUUUAAUUUAGGGGUGUCGAGAAAUUCCUACUACUUUAUUAAACCAUUGCAAUACCACUUCAUUCAUGCCUUGUCUUUUGCGAAUUUUUACAAUAUCCCCUGCGGAUCUACACCUCAUUGCCUUCCAAUCGUGCACAUUGUAUCUGUAACUUUGUAAAGAAUAUUGCAGAAAAUGUAGCCAGUCUUGAUGUGAGUAGGGCUGUGAGGCUGCUGUCUAAACUAAUAAAAUGCGAAUAAAUAGACAUUAAAGUGCAAGUCGUAGGAUCGACUAACGUAGACCACCUUUGAAUCUCGACGAAUAAACCGUUACCUCAUUUUAUGCAUUUAAGUAAUCAUUUCGAUGUUUUGUUAUAAUUUAACUUUUAUUGACUAGUUCAUAUUUUUGUAGAUUAUAGCUACUAUUUGUUUUUGUUUUUUGCUUUAUUUCAUAAGAAUAUUUUUCAUUUUACGAAGUUAUACUAUGUUAAGUAAAAUCGAGUGUUAUCUUUUUCAUUCAAGUAAAUUGAUAAACUUGGCUAAAACACAUAGACGUCAAAGCGUAUUGUAUCCAACUGUCGGGUCCCAUGUACCGUCAAGUUCACUACAACGUCUACUUGACAUUUCUAUUGUGCUACAGACUGUUAGCUAAUGAUUCAGCAUAAAUGGCAGUAAUGAUAAUUUGAAUAAAAUUAACAAUGUAAGAAAUGUUAGUCCAAAGUCAUUUAUUUCAUCGCUUUAAUCUGAUGAUGAUGUCUAAGCAAUUAUAAAUAACGUUUAUAGCACCUCACAAUAGAUGGGAACACGAGUAUUAUUUCGUCUUCUCGCAUUAAAACUGUAUAAUCUCAAAACUUACUAAUUUUACAGGAGAGUGUUUUAAAGGUUUAACAUGUGAUAUUUUUAAUAUUAGUCAUCUUUGCAACAUUUAUUCAUUAUUUUUUACCAGUUACAUUAUCUGUCUUUUAAAGUAAGAUAAUAGUACAGUAAAAAAAAGAUAAUAGUAAAGUUAAAAAUAAAGUAAGAUAAUUAUGUAUUAAUUUUGUUAAUAGUAGUCAAAAUACGGGUAAACUAAAAAAAAAAAAAAACUAAUCUACGCUCUUUUGACAGUAUUUAUGAGAAAAAUACCGGUGAUACCAAAUGAUUCCGCAUAUUAACUCAAUUUUGAAUAUUUUUGGAAAUUAUACACUUUUAAUGCGUAAAGACGAUUUGUGUAUAAUAUUUAACUGAAUCAAUAUAAUAUGUGAAUAAGAAUAAAUGUACAUACCUACUUUUAGUAUUAUAAGCGAUCAGUUUAUUUGUCCCUUUGCCUGUUAUGUAUUCAAAUCGCGCAUAAACAGUAAACUCCAGUCGCGCGUCAGAGCUGGCAUCCACAAUGUUUUUGAAACAUAGUUAUUUUAAAUAUUUUGCACUAAAAUGUCAAUGCGGUUAGCUUUUUAUAUCUUUAUGUGUCAUAAGGCUAAAAUAAGAAUUAUUUUUGUUCACACCAUUGUACCUAGUUGUACCAAGUAAUUAUCCACGUAGUUUUUAUGUUAUAAAUACAUGAUAUUGAUCAAUAACGAAGCUCGUCACUAUUGUUACCCAUCAAUCAUUACAUUGCGAAUAUUAGUGGAAGCCUAUGAUUGUUUUGAUUAUCAUCACAAAGUUUUAGCUUGUCUAUUAGUAGGUGAACUGAAUACUGCCGCCAAACUAGGAGCGUAAAUGUUUUAAUAUUGUUUGAUCGGAUGAAUUUUGAAGUUGGCAAGGUGUCUUUUCAAAAAGGUGUAGUCUUUAAGAUUCAAAAAACUUUGUGUUGUUUUUUACAAUGUGACAACAAACAGCAAAAUCAAAAGGUUUUCAAUUAACCCGUGCAAGCUGAUCACUAGGUAUUGAUCACUAGUCAGAACCGUAUUGCAAAGGUUGACAAGAACCUGUCGGUUUUUUUUAUGAUUGUUUAAUUUUUUUGUUUGAGAAAUGUGAUCUUAUGUGUGAUUUGGGACAGUUUGGUAAUAAUUGUAAGAUUAAUCUUAAGAUUUUCACGGGUUACUCACCUGUGCAGAUUUAGUUGUUACGCAGCCCGUUAGCACUAAGAUAGUAUGACAUGAAUGGUCGAUUUGAGAACCACGGCUUUUAGGGUCCUUUAUGCUUAGUAAUAGGAUGCAUCCAAGAUGACCAUUUGUAUGUAUGCAAGGAUUAAUAGUCGUAUAUGUACGUGGCGAAGGCGCCCGAGACGUGACCGAGCACCGUAACGCCUGAGCGCGCCGAGACGCAAGGGGCAGCUUCACACUGUAAUCAGAGUUUGCGUUAUGGACGGUAUUAACAGAGAGGCUUGAAUGAUAUUUGUAAGUACGUAUUGUAUAAGUACAGCGCAGUGUGAGCGCCAAUCGUUUAUUUGUUAUUUUAUAUGUAGCUGUGAUACAUACAAUUUUUUUUAAUUAAAGAAUUAAAGUGAA